AUGUCGGUUACCCCAAAUCGCCAUGUGCUGUUUUUCGCAGGGCAAGGCUCACACCAGCAUUUGACAAACCCUGCCCAUAUGCGUUUUGGGAUUUUCUUCGCCAGUGCCGUGAGGCCUUUCACAUCGAACUCGAGAGUCCUCGAGCUCAUGCUGUUCCAAUCGCAUAAUGAAUGCAAGACUGUCAUUGAAGCAAGUGGUAUUUGCACAGGCAUCUUACCGGCAAUAUUGGCAGCUUCGUUUGUGUCUUACAGCUCCCCAAACUUUAUCGCCUCGGCUGUUGAGCUGUUCCGGCUUACGUUCUGGAUUGGACUAAGAGCAUCGCUACCGAGUCGUUUCCCUCCUAAUGUUGAGUGGCAAAAGACACCCUGUAUUCUUAGCGGCACAGAUGGCGCUUACGGCGACGCGCGAAUCUUAGGCAUCUUCGGUAGCAAAAACAUAUCGAUUUGCGGCUCAAAUAGUAGACUCAACGAUAUCAAGUCCAAGCUUGCUGCUGGAAAUAUUGACUAUAGGUGGGCAAACGUCCACGCCGUUUACCAUGGAGGUGACCAAAUGCAACAUACACUACAGAAUACACUCAACGACGUAGAGAGACGAGGCAUAGAGUUCCCAAAUUGGGAUAUGCUACACAUUCCUCUGUGGUCGGCGACAGAUGGGUCGCAAAAUUCCGAGCCGAAAACCAAGGGCAAGACACUUCUUGAUGCGGCGCUGAGAAGCAUUUUUAUCGACAUGGUAGACUGGAGAACAAUGUCAAAUAAGAUACUCAACUUUCAUCUGAAAAAUCUGGAUACCAGUUCCACUGCCAAGGUUUGUUUAACCGUCAUCGGGCCUGGUUCCAAGAUGCUUUUCCACUCAUUCCAAGUCCUCAAACAUCCAAACCUGGACAUGAUUGAAAGCUGUUUCGACUACAUGUCCCUGCCGUCCUCAGACGACAUGCCAUCGCUGGGCUAUCAGUCAAUUACCCUGGUGGUACGUGCCGCUCCGGUGUCAUACUAG